AACCAGUCACACUUCACACGUCACGUCAUUUGAUUGUUUUUUUACAUGUGAACAAUAUUGCAAUAUGUUUUAUUAUUUUUUCAUUAAAAAUAUACUAAUAUCAUCCCUAUAUAAAUUUUACUAACAAUAAUUAAUUAGGUAAUGUUUUAAUCGAAAUGACAGAAGAAGAAAAUAUUGAUAUCAACCAGCAAUUAGAUAAUUUACUAACAAAAGUGCAGCCAAAUCUUCAAGAUGUUAUCAAAAGAAGUUUUACUAAUGUUGCCUUGCAACAAACUAAAAAUGGUGAACAAGUUAAACCUGAUGCCUUGGAAGACACUUCAUAUUUCGCUAAAAAUACACAAGUCAACCUCACUAGAUUGGAACUAGUCAAAACACCAACAUUCCACAUGCAGACCCUGUCUUUAGACCUGAAGUCAAUGGGACUAAAGUUACGCUGUUCAUUGGGUGAAGUGAAUGUAAAGGGAUUGUACAGUGCAUUUAAUGAAAACUUAUACAAUCUUCUACCAGUUAUGGCAGAAGGUCAUCUAUUAAUGACAUUGUCAAAUGUCACUGCAGAUGUGGAUGUUGGCUUAGUGCUGGAGGAUGAUGCAUACUCCUUUAUUAACCCAGGAAUAGAUUUUACACAUGACGAAGUUCUUGUAAAGCUGUCAUGGCCUUCGCCACAAAGAGGCGGUGGAUAUGAAUUUGCUACGACUGAGCAGCUCGCAAGACAUAUCGAUGACCUUCCUUUAACAGCGGCGAUAUCAUUACCUCUUUAUACGCUACUCAGGGAGAAACUACAGAGGCACCUUGCACUUGUACUGAAACAGUCCACCAGCGUCUCGGAAGUGGUAUGCUGCAACCCUAGCCUGCUAGAAGCUUACAGCGCCAUGGUGGAUAGUCUAGCGAAGAAGGGCAACAAAAUUAUAGACAUGGUCCUGAUCGACGUUAGGAGGAUACUAUUUCAAACCCAUACGGAAGUACUCGAGCUACCUCCUCUCCACGCAACGUUUAUGCACAAGAUAGGUUCAAUAUCGUUUAUAGGCAAAUUCGAAACGGACACUGGCUGGGUGAAGAACUUGGCGACUAUUAAUAGGAUAAAUGAUGUUAGCGUUAGCAGAAUAGACGACGCGACCACUAGCUUCCGUGUCACGCUCAGGAUAAAGGAUUUACAAGUGGGAUACGAUGAGUACCGCAUGAAGGCGAUGGGUGUUUCUUGCUCGGGGCGGUUGGCAGCGACGCUGGGCGGCAGCGCACUGCACCUAGCGCUAUCAGUGGGGCUCACGCGCUUGGAGCCCUACGCACAGCUGGACGACUUGCGUCUGCAACAGAUGGACGGCAUGGACGUGCACGUGACGGGGCUGGGCCCGCUGAGCGGCGCGGCGCGCGGCGUGGCGGCGUGGGCGCGCGGGGCGGCCGCCGCGCACGCCGCGCCCGCGCUCGCGCGCCGCCUGCACCGCGCGCUGCACCGCGCGCUGCACCACCUGCCCGUGCGCCACUGCAACACUGCGCUUAAAAACAACUUAUAUGACUAAAACAUUAAGGCAACCUUAUAGAUAGAUACUCUUUAUUGUUUCCUCUAAAAGAUUACAACAGUAAACCUAUUAAAAAUAUAAACAAUUACAAGAAAUAAUCACAAUGAGAAAACAAUGGGCGACCUUAUCGCUGAAAGCGAUCUCUUCCAGCCAACCUUUGGAUGGAGAGGAAUAAUUAUAAACAAUUUGAUGAUGAAAAAUUCUGUAUAUUCUUAUAAAUAUAUUAUAUCAGUAUCUAUAUAUAUAAAAAAAAAACAAAUAUUUUUCUACUAUUAGUAAUAUCGGAUGGUGAGACGACCCACCAAAUAGAAAAUGGGGAAUAAGUAGUAUUUUUAUAUGAAACUAAACAGAGUGAUUUCCUUAACUUUUUACGUCCAAGCAUACUAAGUCUUCCAUAUUAAUAGUUCUACAAUGAUUCACGUAGUAGUGUUAAUUUAUACCCAUAUCAUAAAAACACAUUGUUUCUAAGCUAUGCGUUGAUUGAUCAGUUUAUCUUCAUGACGUAUUAUAAUUACACACUUGACAUUUUCCACGACUACAUACGAAGCUUAUUAUCUUCUAAUCCCAUAGGAAUCUCGAAAAGCCUGGUUUGAGUUUCUCACCUACAGUAUUUACUAAAUCUUUGUGCAUUACAAACCCAGCAGUUUCAUCAGAAUUUUAUUUCUUCUUUUAUUAAAGACUAGCUUUUGCUAGUUAGUUCGUACACGUGACUUUUGGAAGUAAGUGGAUUUUAAGAUAGACCUUCAAAAACACAAUAAUAAUAAUAAUAAAUAGAUUUAUUUUCUCUUCACAAUUUAUCACAAUGAGAUAAAAUGAGACAUGCUUAUAUUAAAGUAAAUAUGCCAACCAUAUUUGAUUUAGUGCAACAGUUUUUUCUUGAUACUGGACAGACAAAAAUUCCAAGAAUUUUAUUGUAAUAGUAAGAUUGACAUGUUUUGCCAUUAUUUUUAUUUGUACUAUGUAAUUUAAUAUUAUUAUAAUAUAUUCACUGCAAAUAUGGAAUUCAAUGCCAUAUUAAAAACCUAAAUAGUAAAAUGAAUUAUUUACAUUUUUCUUAUAAAUAAGACUUAUCGAUAAAUCAAUCUGUGACAUCUUUUCUGAAUUUUGUAUAAUUUUGCAUAAUAAUAUGUAAUGAAGAUUUUGAUAAUGAUUAAUUAAGCCAAGUUACAUGUGUGUAAUUUAUUAUGUAACCUUAUAAUUGUUUCAUUUAAAUUAUUGUUGUUACCGUAGCAAUAAAUAAUAUUAUUAGUCACGAUUAUUUAUUCGUGUUAUAAAAAGAUUUUUUUUUAAUUAUGUUACCUUUAUUUAAAACUAUGUAAGUUAAAUUGUAUGCUAAAUUUACUAUGUACAGAAUACAAAGAAUUUAUUUUAAGUGCAAUUAGACAAAUAGAAUCCUUGUUCUUUGUAUUUCUUUCUUUUAACGUCCAUUUCAAGAGCGUUCUAAGGCCAUUUAUGCGUGAAUGCAUUUGCAAGCUUCAUUGUCCAAUUUAUAUGUACCUUAGUAGAUAUAUAAAAAUCUCUAGAUUGAUUCAUAUACAAAUAUAAAAAUAACUAGUAAGCAUAGGACAAGGCAUGUGCACUCCAUACAUGCCGUGUCCUAUGCAAUACAACAUAUGUAUAUAACAGUUAUCGUAAAUAUGAAACUAAAUAUCCAUAUAUUAUAUUUUAAAAAAUUUUGUAAAAAUAUUCUGCUCGUAUGUUCGUUACAAAUGACAUUGGAUGAUUUGAAAUUAGUGCACAAUUAAGGUAAUACAGUACAUCUAAGUUUUUUAUAUAUCAAUGUAAGUACCCCCACUGUAUGGAUGUGUUCCUUUAUCUAGAUAAUUUAAUAGGAAACUUAUUGUAAUUAUAUACUAAGUGAAUAUGUUAAUUUGAAAUCCACCUUAUAAGCAAUUCUUUUAGUGAAAUCGAACGCUAUGAAAAUUUUUACUAAGCAAUAAAAUAUGUUAUUGAAAUUUGUUACAUUAAAUUAAGUAAAGGAUUUUUUUUUUUGUAACUGACGCAAGUUUUAUAUUGGUUGUGUUCUUUUGAUCUAUUAAGACUGUUGUACCAUACUAUACAUACAAGUUGUUAAAUAAAAUGUUUUUCAUAUUUAAA